CUUAAAUAUAGGAUGUUAUUUUUAUUUACUUCGCGACAUAUUAAGCUAGAUAUAGGACCUUAAUAGAUAGAAGAUCGGAACUUACAUUAGGCCACUAUAUCCACAAUCACCUAGAGCCAGCCGUUCCUUUGUCCCCUCUUCUUAGCCAACUGCUCUUUACAAUCUAAUGAUCUUCUACUUCUGAGACAUCAAGUUUUUAUCGUCUGAUUUCUGCUAAACCACUCUGUCUCGAAUCAAGGCAUGUGCUCCCUUUGCCCACAUCAACGUACCUAUGAUGAGCGACAACAGUUCAACCUCAAAUCUCACCGAAGAAAGCCGCGCAAGGGCCAGGACAUUAGCAAACAAGCUUUUGUUAAGCCAGUUGAACUCGAAUGUGACGGCUGACUCUGCUGCCGAUUUCCUUGAUGUCCUGAAGCAGCAGCUGGUCUCAUACCCAGCGCUCGUUCAAAACUUGACCACAGCUGCUUUGAGCCGCGAUACGCAUCGCCGACAUCACUCAUGUUCUAGCGGACGAGUCGUGCCAGAGCUGGCAUCUGGAAAACAUGGAAGUGAACAGCUCGCUCCCGAGCACUGGGAGUUCGUUCGGGCCCUCAACACCAUUCCUGCUCGAAGCUCGUUGCGCGAUUGGAUCGACUACCUCCCGACGGCGGCAAUUGGUAAACACCCCAUCGAGUAUUCGCUGGACUGCCUCAUCAGCCGAUGGUUAGGUUAACAGUGAUAUCAGUGGUCACAAUGAAUUGAGAAAUGAUCGGGUUGAACAUUGCCUCUCUAAACGGACCGUGCCCUAGUGAGGAAGCAAAGAUGUCAUCCAUCUCAUCCGGCACUUUGAACCAGUGGCCUUCUAGCUCUGCUCCCACAUACUCCUUCCAUUCGACUUCCCAUCCUCCUUGACGGAGAACAUCCGCUGCUUGUCGGCCUAGUUCCACAUCGACGUACACGUCGUCGCUUCUUGACCCUCAUCGCUAUCAUACUUCAGACUGUGUAUCCCUAAUAGUCACAUUCCUAAACCACUGCUCCCUUUAACGAUACAGCGGUGCAAGAUCAUUAAGUGAAGCUAUUAGAACACUACUAGGAUCGCUAGCUUAGUAGGGUAUUUAGAAGAUUGAAUUAAUUAAAUUAUAAAAUUAUUUAAU